CCUCUCCCCCGGUCGGUCCCCGGCUCCCCUCGUCCUCCUUCCCGACGAAGUAAUCGGCCGGGCCCGACGCGCCGCCGCCGUCACCCAACCCAGCUCGCCCUCCCCGUCCGGCCGUCCUCCCCCGCCGUAAUGUCAAGGUCCUGCGAAUCACGAAAAAUGGAUUGGGGUUUUCAGUUGAAUCCAUAUGCCGCUCCUUUCGUUCCUUCCUCCAUGACUGCCUUCGCAGCAGAGAGAAGGCUCAAUCAAACUACUGACUCCGAGAACAAGAAUGGUAGAAAUGAUGAAAACAAUGAGACUACUCCUGACAAGUCUGCCGAGUACCAUCUCCCGGACUCGCUUUCUCUGGAUUUCUAUGCUGAGAGCCUCUCAAAGCUCAACGUCUCUGCCGAGUCUUUCUCCAAAGGGGAGGCUGCUGAUAGGGCACUCGAUUCAUCAGAAUAUUUGGGGAGUGAUUUGGAUACUCACCACCCAGGUGCGGUGUCAUAUCUCUCCCACAUGUUCCCAAAUGUGUCUGUUGACUUCAUCAUCGAUGCACUGAAGCUCCAGGAGUUUGACGUUGAUCUUACUGUCGAUAUGCUUUCUCACUUGUGCGAAGUUGAUGGUUAUGGUCAUUCUGCUGAAGACAAGCGUCAUUAUCGAGGCAUCCAGAAGUCUCCCAAGGGCGCCUUUGCUGCCAUCUUGCAAGAUAAAUGACUGUUCAGCUACACCUUCGUCACCGAGAUCGGAUGUAGCUCCUCUGAAAAAGAGGUUGUAUGUACCUACUAGAGUGAGAAACUGUUGCUGCCGCAAGAGGAUUGAUCAUCCUGAAGUAGACCCAAGGCGUUCAGUUAGGGGCAAAUGCAACAAACACCAAUGUCGUCUAGCCUUCCUGGGACGGGUAUUUUGGGUUUUUAAGUCUUCUCCCUCAUGCUUCUUCCACCUACACCAUUUUACCGUAAAGUUGUACAGCUCUUAUGGUGUACUUUUGGAUUGGAAUGAGGUCAACGGUCUUGGAUAUGCAGUCUGUCUGUGCUUGUAUUGUCAACCUAUCUAUCGCCUCUUAGGCCUUGUUUAGUUGAACCUGAAAACCAAAAAGUUUUCAAGAUUUACCGUCA